AUGCCAGCGAACCUUUCGGAUUCCACGGAACUCUCGGUCACGGACUACAACUUUACCGCGCUAAUAUUAGGAAUAUUGCUCAUUGUUGUGAUUAUAUGCGGAAAUAUGCUGGUUUGCCUCAGUGUAUAUACAGAAAAGGCUCUAAAGACUACAACAAAUUACUUUAUAGUAAGUUUAGCUGUCGCAGACCUGCUACUUGCAGUGCUGGUAUUGCCACUAUUUGUGUACGAAGAGUUCCUGGAUGGAGUCUGGACACUGAACAUGACAGUCUGUGAUGGCCUGAUGACCAUGGAUGUUAUGCUAUGCACUGCCUCCAUAUUCAACCUGUGUGCCAUCAGCAUAGACAGGUUCAUCGCAGUGUCUGUCCCACUCAACUACAAUCGCAAACGCGUGGACCAGCGGCAGGUCGUGCUGCUGUCGGCCACGUGGGUGUUGGCGCUGGCGGUGGCCUCGCCUGUGCUGUUUGGCAUCAACGACGUGCCGAACCGAAGGCAUGGUGAGUGCAAGCUGGAGGACGACAACUACGUGGUGUACUCCUCCGUCUGCUCAUUCUUCGUGCCCUGCCCCAUCAUGCUGCUGCUCUACUGCGGAAUAUUCCAGGGCCUGAGGCGAUGGGAAGAGCUAAGGAAGGCCAAGCUGAAGAGAGGCGCGCGGCCCCCUCCGAAGCUCCAGCGGCUGCCGGCAGGACUAAGCCCUCCGUCUUCCCUACCACACCCCCUACCCCCAAUCAUAGAGAGAAAGUUCACAGACAUUAACCUGGAAGAGCUGGACCAGGAUGCUUAUCAGGACAGCCACUGUCCCACACACUGCAAGGACAGGCCUAUGCCUUCUCUCGCCUACCCUCAUGGAGGUUAUAAUGCAGAUCAGAAUAAGAACCAAGAGAGGAAGAGGGCAAAGAUUAAUGGGAGAGAGAGGAAGGCCAUGAGGGUGCUUCCUGUUGUAGUGGGUGCCUUCCUGGUUUGCUGGACUCCGUUUUUUGUGGUUCACACGAUGCGUGCACUCUGCGAUGAUUGCAAAAUUCCCAGCAACCUAAUGAGCAUCGUCACCUGGCUGGGCUACGUCAACAGCGCCCUCAAUCCCAUCAUCUACACCGUCUUCAACACUGAGUUCAGGAAAUUCUUUAGAAAGUUCUUGCCAAAUUUGCAUGCUUAAUGUUCAUUUGGCAUAAUGUUCAGUGUUCAAAUUGCAUGCCUAAUGUUCAGCAGGCCAUGUGUAGCAGUAAUCAUACAUUGUUUCUGCUAGAAUGUAUAUCUUGCAAUUACACUGUUGUUACAUUCUUUUACAGUUUACCUUUUUCAGUUCAGUGGGGCAGAGUGCUAUUGUUGACCUCAUAUUCACAGGCUCUUAUUCUGCAUAUUGGUGAUCUCAUUCUCAAGACUGACACGUGCUUUUCAGUACCAGCAAGUCUGCUGUUUGAAGGAUAUUGACUUUGUAUU